AGCAUGAGCAAGCUCGGUGGCCCAGAUUCCUGGGCAUCAUUCUUGCUCUAGAUUUACACGAAGCUACGUCACGUUUUAAAUAUCACAAUUUUCCCUCCCUCCUCUCCCUUUAAGAGGACUUGUUGAAGAACAGCCAUGCUGAGGAAGCUGUUUUUGUUGGCCAUCGUUCAUGCCCUGGUGGCAGGCAUAGCUUACUGGUGGACCAGGCCCAUCAGCCUCCCUCUGAGAGAACAACCAGAGAAGGAAUAUGAUUACAUCAUAGUGGGUGGUGGUGGAGCAGGUUGUGUCCUGGCAAGGCGCCUAACAGAGGACUCCAAUAACAAGGUUCUUCUUCUCGAGGCUGGUAACGAUGGCACACAUAAGAGUCUAGAGGUACCCUUUGAUGGUAUGCUUCAGCUCCACACCGAACAUGAUUGGCAGUAUAAAACAACUAAGCAGACGAGGGCUUGCUUGGGCAUGCCGAAUGGGGAAUGUCCAUGGCCUCGAGGCAAGGCACUGGGUGGAUCAACCGCCAUCAAUGGUAUGCUAUACGUGAGGGGAAACAGAGCAGACUUUGAUGAUUGGGAGAAGAACGGAGUCAAGGGUUGGAACUAUGAGGAGGUGCUGCCUUACUUCAAGAAAGCGGAGAACAUGGUCGAUGACAAGUUAUCAAAAUCACCUUAUCGUGGUACCUCCGGUCCCUUCAAAACCAAAGUCACCAAAUUCUCUAAGCUUGCUGAUGUAGUAAUGGAUGCACGAGAGGAACUAGGCAUGGGAAAGUCUGAAGAUUACAAUGGCGAAGAGCAGCUGGGCAUCCAUUACCCGCAGACCAACAUCGCGGGCGGGAUCAGGGCCAGCACCUCCAGGAUGUACCUUUGGCCAGUCAUGGACAGGCCAAACCUCCAUGUUAUUGUCAAUGCACAAGUCACAAAGGUUCUCUUUGAUGGUAAGACUGCUACCGGUGUCCAGUUCGUCCGAAAUGGUACCAAGGUGGAAGUAAUGGCUCAGAAAGAGAUAAUUCUAGCAGCUGGAGCUAUUGGGAGUCCUCAUCUCCUUUUGCUGUCCGGGAUAGGACCAAAGAAACACCUACAGGACGUCGGGGUGCCUGUGGUAUCUGAGGUACCAGGAGUUGGAGAGAAUCUGAACGACCACUUGACGACCUGGGGACCUGAGACGCUGAUCACUGAACCCAUCUCACACAUUGAGGACGACUACACUGAUAUUCUGGAGAGGGCCAAGUGGGAACUCUUCAAAGGAGGUCUGUACGCCAAAGGCUUCCAGGUUGGCAAUAUGAUUUGGUUUCGUACUAAGUACCAGAAUGCAUCUAAGACCUGGCCGGACAUCCAGAUCGAGAUUAUCCCCAACCUAGCAGGAUCAGAUGCAGCCGGAAAUCAUAUGAAGUACUACUUGGGACUCGGGGAUAAGUUGUGGAAUGAGUACUACAAUCAUCGCCGUGGUCACCAUGGGUACACCGCCAUGAUUUACGUGACCCGCCCUACAGCCACAGGCACUAUUCGACUGAAGAGCAAGGACCCCAUGAUCCACCCAGUGAUAGACCCAAAAUAUAAUACAGACGACGACAUCAACAGACUAGUAGAAGCAUGUCAUUUCAUGGAGAAACUAGCAAAGACAUCACCCCUGAAGAAGAUAGGUGCUCGCCUCCGAGACCUUGAGAAGAAGUUCCCAGGCUGUGAGAACCUAGAGGCUGGGACUGAUGCGUACUGGAAGUGUGUCAUACCAAGGAUGACUAUGACCAUGUACCAUGCUUCUGGUUCUGCUAAGAUGGGGGCAGCAACCGACCCAUUGGCAGUAGUCGAUCCGGAGCUCAGGGUAAAGGGAGUCAAAAACCUCCGUGUGAUUGACGUGUCGGUGAUGCCAAUUAUGGUAUCUGGCAACACCCAGGCUGCAACAAUUAUGAUAGCAGAGAAGGCUGCAGAUAUUAUCAGGGGAAUCAAGUCUGUGCAGAAAGUCCAACUAUGAGACCAUCACUUAGUGCGGAUUAUUAAUGGAAUCGGGCAAAUCAAUAGCGGCUCGAUACACUGGGGUACCAGCAGAACCAGCUUGGGGCAAUUGUUCAGAUAUAACUAUUCGUCAGUUGUUUAGUUUUAUAUUCAUGUAGUUUAUAUAAUGUUAGAUCAAGUGAAUUGCGUGUUUUUCAUAGCUGUCUCUCAUUGCUAUUUAUUGUAGUAUUAAAGCCAAUAGAAUGUAGAAUGCUUUCUAAGGAAAAACUAUAGACCCCUGACCUUACAUGUUCCAUUUCAAACUGGCUCUUGGGAAGGCUAAUUAAGCCUGAUCAAAGUCUAGAAUGUUCCUUCCAAGAUUCAAAUAAACAACGAAAAACUCAUCAUUUCAAAAAAUAUUUAAUAUCUACUUUUAUUUGUUUCCACCAAUGGUUUUACCUUAUAACCACAACCAAACAAUUAACAUCUGUAAAAUAACCAACAAGUGAUUUCAUUGUCAUUUCUCCAGGUUACAGUAACAGGCCUAAUUAGCCAACAAUAAAGUCAAGUAAGUACGCUCAACUAUCAAUAACCA